AUGCACUAUUUCGACCAUGUAUUCCCGUGGCAAUUCCCAUAUCACAACUCACAUUCACGCACCGGCAACCGAGGAUGGCUCCUCCAGCUGCUGACCAAACGUGGUCCUUUAUACCAUGCCGCCAUUGGUUUAUCGUCUUUGCAUCAGAGCGCCACGGGAGGUAUAGACGAGAGCUACCUUCAGGAUCAAAAAGUCUUUGAUCAUCACUCAACUGCAUUGCAGGAACUGUGCGAAUUCUUGCGCUCCGAGAAAGCCACGGAGUUUCAUCAGGACGAGCAACUUCUCACAGAGUUCCUUGCUUGUAGCAUCAUGCUUUUGAGCUUCGAGGUAUUGAGGGGAGGAGUAUCGAAUUGGCAACCUCAUCUCAACGCCGUGCUCAGCACGAUCAAGUCCAUGUCCCCAGCAUCCUUCAUCGCUGUAGACAGCAACAAGCCCGACAGACUUUGCAGCCCGCCGAAGAGUGUUACCCAACUAACAAACAAUGGGUCCAGUGGAGGACUCGAGUUCUUAUUUGUGAAUGCUUUGUGGUUCGAUAUUUUUGCGUGUGUGUCAACGGGUGGUACGCCCGUUCUGCCAUACAGGUCUUGGCUUGCCAUUGAACAGCUCAAAAUGCAGGACGUAAUGGGCUGUCACAACUGGGCAUUGGCUUUGAUUGGCGAUAUCACACAUCUGCGAGAGUGGAAACAUGAUAUGGAUAAGAAGGGACUUUUAAGUGUUCGUGAGCUUGUCAGUAAAGGGCAAGCUAUCGAAUCCGAACUGGAGGAACAGAUCAAUAUUUUAUAUUCAAGGAAAGACGAGACUUGUUCGAGGUAUCAUACAACUUGGAUCACCCACAUCUUUGCUCUGGCCGCAUUGGUCCAAGUUCACACCGUUGUCUCAGGCCCUCUUCCAUCUCUUCCAGAAAUCCAGAGUACAGUACAAAGAGCGAUAGAUCUUCUUACUGCGAAGCCCGAAACCUGUAGCCUGCAAGGCAUCGUAUGGCCGUUGUGCGUCAUUGGCUGCAUGGCUGAGCCACGGCUGCAGUAUUUCUUCGAGAACCUGGUAUCCGGGAUGGCUACCGAAUACAGAAAACUUGGAAACUCGUCGACCGUUCUGCAAAUCUUGAAGGGGUGUUGGGAUCUACAAAAACAAGGGCGCAAGGAUUGUACAAUCGCCAUGUCCGAGUUGAAUAUUCAUGCUCUACUGGUGUAA